CGGCGCGCCAUCCCAGCCAUGUCGACCCGCUCCUCAACGCCGCUGAGCGACCACCGCGGCGCAGGACCUUCCGGCGCCAUAGCGGCCGGCAGUAGCAGCCUCAGCACAGGCACUUCCCCGUUACCAAGGCAGGCCUACCUGGGCACCACGCGCUCGCGGACGCUUCUCUUUCAGUCUUAUCGAGACUCCGUACCGCGCUCCCGCGUACCCACCAGCGGCGCUUACAGCGAGGACGACGGGGGGGCGUACUUUUCAUCCUCUUCGGAUCUCAAGGGCAAGCGCCGACAAGGGUCGUACUUUGACUCGAAUGGCGACUUGCGACAUGAUGCAGAAGAAGACGUCCGAGCUGGGCUCCUAAAUGGCGCUGCGGAUCCAGAUGGAUCGUCCUACCCUCCAGCACCGACCCACACCUCGAUAGACUUGUCGGCUUUGCCGCCGAAAUGGGUCGACAUCUCAGAUGAGCUGGACAAGCUUCAUGCCAAGCACCUCCUCCCCGCGUUCACCGAUCGGUCCAAGGAAGAGCAAGAGAUCGAGAAUCUGACAACGGAGAUCACGCGCGAAUUCCGCAAAUGCAGCCGGCUCAUCUCAUCCUUGGCCCAACAUACAAAGCGGCAGCAACAUCAGUCCUCCAAGACAAGGGGACCUUCAUCGACACCGCAGCUGACGAACCGGCAGAUCGUCCUGGCACAGAAUGUGCAGACGGCGCUAGCGACAAAAGUUCAGGACCUGAGCGGCAUCUUUCGCAAGAAGCAAAGCGUCUACUUACAGCGGCUCAAAGGCAUGGAAGUCCGAGGGAGAGAUCUGGCUGCAGCCAGUGGAAUGCUGAGCAAAAAUGGUGUCUUGCAUCGAGACAGCGAGAUCGCAGUUCGGGAGGACAUGGAGCUGUCCUAUCAGCAGCUCAAGCCAUCCGGCGGCCAACCCGAGUCCCUACUUUUGCUCGAAGAACAGGAGCUGGCGUCCGGCAAGGACCAGGAAGAGGCCAACAUCCAACAGCGCGAUCGCGAGGUCACGCAGAUCGCGAAGUCAAUCGCAGAGCUUGCAGAGCUGUUCCAGGACCUUAGCGCGCUCGUCAUCGAGCAAGGGACGAUGGUCGAUCGCAUCGAUUUCAAUAUCGAGAACAUGGGCAAGCACAUGCAUGCAGCGGUGGAGGAGCUGAACACUGCGCAAAGAUAUCAACGACGGACAGGACGAGUGCAGUGCAUUCUCUUCCUCAUUUUGUGCAUUGCACUGCUCCUCGCCAUCAUCAUCAUCAAGCCUUUCUGGCGCUCAGCAAGUCGUCGAGCCUGAGCCUUCCUUCAUUGUGGCAGGAUCAGUACCUAACCAAUCUCACGUGAAACGUGUCUCCUGGCUGCGUCGCAAUUGAAUGCUAUUGCGAUGCGAGGCAAUGCGCGGUGCUAGUCUACUUUAUUCGUG